AUGUUCAGUUUCAAACCCGCUUUCCUUGCGCUCUCUUGCGCCGCUUUGUCUGCUCUUGCGGCGCCCUUCCCGGCCAGGCUCGACAAGCGCAUUGUAGUUGACCCGAAGAUUACCAGCCCGACGGCUUCGACGGUAUGGACAGUGGGGCAGACUGUCGAGGUGACAUGGGACACGUCCGCGAUCCCAUCUGGCCAGACCGUGUCCGGUAUGCUUGUGCUCGGUUUCCUCACGGACGACAGUGAGAACCUGGACAUCGAUAACCCGCUGGCACCCAAUGUGACACUCAACGAUGGCAAGACAUCUAUCACCGUGCCAACCGUGGAUCCCAAGACAAACUAUAUCGUUGUCCUAUUCGGUGACUCUGGAAAUGCGUCGCCCGAGUUCACGAUUCAGGCAGCGAGCACCACGAGCUCAGCAUCUGGUGGCAACACGCUUAUCGGAACGAUCACCAGUUCACUCCUUGGUGGUCCCGGCCCCAUCUCACAUGCGUCCAGCACCGCUACGUCCCCCGUGAGCGCAAGUGUGACCACCACAGCGACCGCGAGCGACAGCACGAUUACCAGCACAACGCCUGGUGGCCCGCUCAGCUCCAGCGCUUCCGACCUCUCCAGCUCAGUCAGCGUUCUCACAAAUACGACGCCUGGCGGGCCCAUGAGCUCCGCCACAUCGCCCGUUUCAUCAGCUUCAUCGACUGGCUCAUCUACCAGUGCAAGUGCUAGCGCGACCUCCGCCGGCAGCAACUCGAGUGCUGCACCCCGCACCAGUGCAACGACGUACUCCUUCCUUAUGGGGGCUGCUAUCGCCCUUGCGAUGUGCUUCUUUGCUUGA